CAGGCAUGCCAGAAUUCGUAGAGCAAAUAUUGAAGAAUUUCACAUCUUUGCUCCCGCCAGGUACGUUCACACAACGUGAUAGCCCUGAAGCGUUGGAAAAAGCCUCGAAAUUGCGCGCCGCAUACAUCGAAGGCAACACCGCAAGCCUGGAGGUGUUUUACGAUGUGAUGGGUCACUUGUACUUUUGGCAUCCGUUGCAAAAGACUAUCAAUUUGCGCCUACAGCAUGCGAAAAAGGCGCCUACUUAUUUGUAUCGCUAUGAUUUCGACUCGGAAAAACUCAUUUAUCCGUUUCGCUAUAUGUGGCAAGGACGUGGUGUGCGUGGAGUGGCACAUGCAGAUGAGUUGGCCUAUCUCUUUCACAGUGUGCUCGGCAGGCCAAUGGAACGUAACAGUCGCGAGUAUCGCAACAUUGAACGCAUGAUUGGCUUGUGGACAACUUUUGCCGAGACGGGAAAUCCAAAUACCGGAAAAAUUAAUGGAAUGAAAGGCAUUAAAUGGCGUCCAGUACGCAGCGGCGAUAAAGCGCUGAAAUGCUUGAAUAUUAGCGAUGAAUUGAAAUUUAUAGAUUUGCCUGAAAUGCCCAAGUUGAAAGUCUGGCAGGAAUUAUAUUCCACGCAUCGCGAAAUACCGGAGAAAACCGCAGAAAUUGUUGACUUCACAAUCUAUGCCAAAUCAAAUCUGUAAUGUAAUGAAGAUAAAGAAGAUAAGCAAUUGCGCCGGAAAUGAGCCGGAAAUAUUCAGAAUUAUUUGAACAUUUUUAUGAGGCGUUUGAAGUGCAGUCUAUUAUUUUAUCACGACUGGGUUGUUAUUCUUAUAAUAUUUAUACAUUAACUGGUGAUUUGUAUUAUUUUAUAUAUAUUUG